CAGCUGUUUGUCUGAUUAGCGAGACAUGGGUUGAUAACAAUAAAAGCGGCUUUUUUUUAAUAACAAAAUGGUUCAGUUACUUUAUAUCGUAGCUAGCUUGCAUAUAUUAUUAUGCCCCUUUACUAAAGUGGAGGAAAGCUUCAAUAUUCAAGCUACUCACGACGUUUUGUAUCAUCGAUUUAACCUCUCACAGUACGAUCAUCAUGAAUUCCCGGGAGUCGUGCCGCGUACAUUCAUCGGCCCUGUCAUUAUAUCUGCUUUAUCCGCUCCUGUUGUGUUUAUUUUACAUUUGUUUGGAAUUAACAAGUUUUGGAUGCAAUAUGUAGUGCGCCUAACUCUAGCUUUAACAGUAAUAGCAUCAUGGAGCCGAUUCAGGGAUACAUUACAGAAACAAUUUGGCAAUUCCUUUGCCUGGUGGUUCACACUAAUUAGUGUUUCACAGUACCAUUUUAUGUUUUAUAUGAGUCGACCUUUACCCAACAUCAUGGUAUUACCAUUUGUGUUACUUGCAUUAGAAGGAUGGCUAUCGGGAAAACAUAAACAGUUUAUUAUAACUGCUGGAGCUUCCAUUAUCAUAUUCCGUGCUGAAUUAGCUAUGUUCUUUGGAUUGUUCCUUAUUAUAGAUUUGUUUUUUAAGAAAAUUGAUUUAAUGACAUUUAUUAAAAUAGUUGUACCUACUGGUGUAGGAUUGGUGGCAUUGACAGUUAUAAUUGAUUCAUUGUUUUGGCGGCGAUUACUUUGGCCAGAGGCAGAAGUUUUUUGGUACAAUACAAUUUUGAAUAAGAGUUCAAAUUGGGGUACUUCACCAUUCCUAUGGUAUUUUUACUCUGCAUUACCUCGUGGUCUAGGACCGAGUCUGGUCCUGUGCCCCGUGGGUGUGUACUUGGAUCGGAGGCUGGCUCAGCUGAUCGCGCCUGCUGUGGUCUAUGUUCUGUUGUUUUCCUUCCUUCCACACAAGGAGCUUAGAUUUAUUAUCUAUGUGUUCCCAUUGCUCAAUACAGCAUCAGCUGCGGUAUGCUCAUAUGUAUUUAUUAGACGAACCAAAGCACCAAUUUACGAAUUAUUGUUUUGGGGAAUUUGCUUAAUUGUCGUCGCUAAUGUGAUGUUCUCUGUUGCGUUAGUUUUAGUUGCAAUGUCUAAUUAUCCUGGAGGAUUGGCAAUCACUAGAUUCCAUAAGCUUUUAAAAAACGAACCAUACGUCCACGUACAUAUUAGCAAUUUGGCGGCACAGACUGGUGUCACAAGGUUCACACAAAUCCACGACCACUGGGGAUACAGCAAGAACGAGUCCUUGCAGCCUGAACAACUGCAACAGUACACCCAUCUGCUAAUCGAAGCUAAGAGUAAAUAUUCUCCAAGUAUCAAAUCCUUUACACAAACGCACGUAGUAUUAGAUAGUGUCGACACCUUCUCUCACGUGGCUGUCAAUUAUAAACUAAUACCACCAGUGAGAAUUAAAACGCGACCAGCGAUUUUUAUUUUAGAAAAAAAGAAUUUUAGAGAAUAUCCAAGGGAAUACUCUUACGAAAACAUAAGCGUCGAAGAGCAUGAAACAAUAUCACAGGAAGAAACAAUCAUUGAAGAACCAAGUUCAAAUAUUAAUGAAGAUUUCCGAAAUUCAAAUAAAGCCAAAGACGAAAACGAUGAGACUGAAAAUAUUAUUGAACUUAUCAGUGAAGAAAAUACAAAUAAUAGUAAGGAAGUAACAGAAGAACCUACACAAUUAUAUGCAGAGGUUAAAAUCGAUAAGUCCGAAAAUAUAAUCGAAGAAGUGAACGAAAUACCAGACAUACAAAAAGAUUUUAAAUCUUACCGGCAAGAGAGAAAGAAGAAAGCAAUAGAAAAAAUUAAAUCGGAAACUCGUAAGGAAGUUGUUGCAUCGGCCAAAGAAAAAUUAAGAGAAAUAAUGAAAAGACAUAAACAUAUCGCUGUUGAGCUUUCUGAAAAUAAUGUACAAGAUGAUCAGAAUGAAAGUGAAGAUAUAGAUGGUAGGGGUGACAUACCAGAUAUCGAAAUCAUUCCUGAAGUGGAUGCUACUAUUGUUCAAGAAAACCUAACAUCUAAACCUGAGCAAGUGAAUGAUUUAGAGCAAGUGAAUGACUCAGAUCAUGUAGAAAGUUUACAAGCAACGGAUACCAACCAUUCUAAUGAAAACUUAGAUGCUAUAGUUGAAGAGGUUAUUAACAGACUUAUUGAUAGAAAAGUUUACGACGAUAAAACCAAACCGGAAGAUAUCAAAUUAGAAGAUAGACUAAUGAUACAAAAGAUUGUUGAAGAAGUUCUUGCUGAAAAGAUUAAUUAUAAAUCAAGUUCCGAAAAAUAAUAAUUUAUGUAAUUAUAAUGUCAUUAUUAAAUUUGAUCUCUACAUUGAAUGUUUUGAGAUACGUUUGUGCCAAUUUUUGGAGCACGUUCCUUAAGGUCUUAUAAAAAGAGAUGAACCUUUUACUAAGCGUAACGUCCCUCAGCCUUUUUCAUCAUUAUAAUUUUAGGGGCUGUACCUAUGCGUUGAGCUCAAAUGUUAUUGUUGUUUGUGAGAUUUACAUUGUUAUCUAUCGAUGUUGCUUGUUUUUAUGGCUUUCCGUUUAACCGUGAAUUUACAAUGCAAUUGUACUUAAAAUCUAAUUACUCUUUUAAAAAAUUGAAUAAAUCCGAUAACUUUCCAACGUGCGCAAUGGAAUAAGUUCCACGCUAUUUCACAAGUGAGGGUUUUUAUAUUAUCUAUUAAACAGUACGUUUCUAUAAUUGUUAAUUCACAGUUAUGUUAUUAUCAAUAAUUGCUAUUUAGUUUUUAAUGUAAAGUUGUUACUUUUGUUUUAAGUGUGUUUUUUGUAUAUUAUGACAAAGCGCGGAUUUUUUUAUAACACUAUACUGAUACAAUUUUUAAUAACGUCAUUCUUCAUAUCUUUUUUGUCUUUUACUGUACAUACAUCCUUUAAUUUUAAUACUUUUGUAAAAAUGUACAAAACGUGAAUACAGUUAUAUUGUUAAGUCAAUGUUAAUGCCCCAAAUGCUAACUAUGUGUGAUUAACUUGAUGUCUUGUAACUUAUAACUUUGUUGUACAUUUGAUGUUUCCACAGUAGUACAGUUUUAUUGUGAUAUUUUAUAUGCAAUUU